CACACACACAGAUCUGAUCAUCAGGAUGGACACGUCCAGCACCGUCACCAGCAUCAAGUCUGAUGACACUCAACAGAGACCCAAAUGGGACAAUAAGGUUCAGUAUCUGCUCACCUGUAUUGGAUUUGCUGUUGGACUCGGGAAUGUUUGGAGAUUUCCAUACCUGUGUCAGAUUUACGGAGGAGGUGCGUUCUUGAUCCCGUACCUGAUCGCUCUGGUGUUUGAGGGUCUGCCGUUACUCUAUCUGGAGUUGGCCAUAGGUCAGAGUCUGAGGAUGGGCAGUAUCGGGGUCUGGCACUCAAUCUCUCCUCUGUUGGGUGGAGUGGGUGUGGCAUCAAUGAUCAUCUCAUUCCUGGUGGGUUUGUUUUAUAACACAAUCCUGGCGUGGGUUCUGUGGUACUUCUUUCACUCCUUUCAGGAACCUCUUCCCUGGAGUCAGUGUCCUGUAAACGACAACCUCACGGGUUUAGUGGAGGAGUGUGUUCUCAGCACACCGGUGAAUUAUUUCUGGUACAGAAAGACUCUGAACAUCACUCCAGACAUCGAGGAGAACGGCUCUCUGCAGUGGUGGCUGGUGCUGUGUUUGGCUUCGGCCUGGAGCAUCGUUUACAUCUGUUUCAUACGCGGUAUUGAGACCAUCGGCAAGGCUGUGUAUGUGACCGCUACAUUCCCCUACCUGGUGUUGACCAUCUUUCUGAUCCGAGCUCUCACUCUGCCUGGAGCCACAGACGGUCUGCUGUAUCUGUUCACACCUGAUUGGCAGAUACUGAUGUAUCCUAAGGUGUGGCUGGACGCUGCCACUCAGAUCUUCUUCUCACUGUCUCUGGCCUUCGGAGGUCUCAUCGCAUUCUCCAGUUACAACCCCAAAAAGAAUGAUUGUGAGCGGGAUGCUCUGUUUGUGGGAUGUAUUAACAGCGCGACGUCUCUUUACGCCUCUAUUCCCAUAUUCGCCAUCUUGGGCUUUAAAGCCACAUCCAACUACAACAGCUGUGUGAACAGUAAUAUCUUGGAUCUGACGAACGCUUUCGACAUCGGAGAUCAGAACGUCACCAUUGAGAACUACGACCACUGGCUGAAGACUCUGAACGCAUCAGAUCCUGAGAAGCUGUCGGGUCUGAACCUGAAACUCUGCGUCCUCAAGACCUUCCUGGAUCAGAGUGCCUCAGGAACGGGUCUGGCGUUUGUUGUGUUCACGGAGGCUGUGAUCGAGAUGCCGGGUUCACAGGUGUGGGCCGUGCUCUUCUUCAUCAUGCUCUUCAGUCUGGGUCUCUCCUCAAUGUUUGGGAAUCUGGAGGGAGUUCUGACUCCUCUGCUGGAUCUCCACAUGAUUCCCAAAUGGAUCCCGAAAGAACUCUUCACAGCUAUCAUCUGUUUUGUGUGUUUUCUGGUGGCUCUGAUCUUCACACUUGGUUCUGGGAAUUAUUGGCUGGAGAUCUUCAACAGUUACGUUGGCUCUGUUCCGCUCCUCGUCAUCGCUUUCUUCGAGCUGGUCGGGAUUGUGGUUUUCUACGGAAUGGAUCGUUUCUGUGAUGAUAUUGAAAUGAUGACGGGCCGCAGACCAAACAUCUUCUGGCGUGUGUGCUGGAUGGGAGUCAGUCCUCUCUUGCUAUUGGUCGUUCUGGUGGCUUACGUCAUCGUCCAGGUGCAGGAACACCCCACGUACCCCGCCUGGAACCCUGCAUAUGUGAAUUUCCCGGAUAUGGAGCAGAAGCCGUAUUCUGAUUGGGUGUUCGCCAUCUGUGUGCUGUUGAGCUCUGUGCCGGUGAUCUCUAUACCCAUCGUGGCCGCAUACAGACUGAUGAGAGGACAAACACGGUCACACAACAGUGAACACCUGCCGAACCCGUACAACAACCCCACCUUCACAACAGACAACCAGACCUAACACAACAUCUGCUCAUCACGUCACGUGUCUGUGGAUGAGACUCACUGACAGGAUUAUAAACACAUCUGCAUGGAGUAUAAGUGACUUAACAAAGAGAAACAACUUCACAAUGUGACAGAAGAAAUGAGUAAGAGAGACAUAUUAGUGCAUAGUUGGUUCCAAAAUGAGAUGUUUUUUAUUUUGUUAUUGUGUUUUUAUUGUUAGUUUGCUGUAUUUUGUACCAGUUGCGGUUUGAUGUUAUUAAUUUGAAAACACAACUAAAAUUUAUGAACAUUUUUAAAAACGGUAUUUAUCUCUUUUGGAAUCAAACUCCUCAAAUAUCAAUUAAACUCAUGUGUGCUGUUUGUUUUUUCUAUUUUUUUAUUGCGUUUUUUUAACAUUGAACUGAUGUAUAAACUGAUAAUAAAAUUAAAGUCGGACAUUUGUGGUUAUAA